UCAAGGAAAAAUGCUGAGCCUGGUAUAUCCCAGUUUUCUUUUCCAUUGUAGAUGGUGGAAGUUCCCACUUCUACUACCUUUGUAUCAAGGCGAACAAAAACUAUGCAGGGGUUUAACAAGCAGGUUUAAAAGAAUAGGUGGUUUAACCGGUUUUGCUUUUUGUUCCACAAGGCCAGUCUUGGCUAAAAGUGACUCAGCGGAGAUUAUACUUUAUCAGUAUGAGGCCUGCCCUUUCUGUUCCAAGGUGCGCUCCUUCUUGGAUUACCACAAGUUGCCCUACUCGGUGGUGGAGGUGGAUCCAAUGAGGAAGCAGGAGUUGGCCUUCCUCGCCGACUACAAAAAGGUUCCAGUGCUAAAAUACAACAACCAAGUCAUUAAAGAUUCAAAGGAAAUAGUUGACUUUUUGUGCAAACAAGUCGACUGCCAGCAGACAAAUGAAGACAUGGUGUGGCGUAAGUGGAUCGACGAAAAUAUAAUGAAACUCCUGUCUCCGAAUAUUUACCGGACGCCCCGUGAAGCUUUCCAGGCGUUUGAGUACAUCAACUCCAUAAGCAACUUUUCUUCCGCUCAGAAGAUCAUCAAUAAAGUGUUUGGAGCUGCGGUUAUGUACCUGGUUGCUAAGAGAAACAAAAAAAAACACGAGCUUGGUGACGAAAGGCAGAGCUUAUACGACGCCGUCGACCACUGGCUAGCUAAAGCCGUCGGAAAUAAGAAAUUUGCAGGCGGGGACGUGCCCAGCGUUGCUGAUAUCGAUAUGUACGGCGUGAUGAAGGCGCUUUCAAUGAUGAAAUGCACGUGGACGGAUGUCGAUAAGAACACCAGCGUGAAGGACUGGUUUCGACGGAUGGAAGACAAAAUCGGCGGUAGCAGUCGCGUUAUUUAAUAAAACAGAG